GAUUCUUUCCCAACCGAACUCGCUACUGACCGCGCGCAGACAUAUUACCUCACCCUAGACUUAUCCGUCCGCGACUUUCUGGAAAGGCGAACAGACGACAUUAUCCACAACACACGGGGCGGAUACCGAGUCUGGUACAAUCCGCUCUUCAAUGCGCCAGAGCCUGUCGUUUCCAAUUCUGACCUCCUCGAGGAGAAAGACGCCGACGACGGAGAACCCCCAGAACGCGAAGAGGUAGAUCUCGACACGAUUGGUGUCCCACAACCCCAAGCAUCUGCUGAAACCCCGAUCGACCCCCUGCUGCACGAAACCGCUGCGAAGAACUCUCAAUUAGAGCUUCGCGCAACCACCAAGCCGGCAGAGGAAAUCCAGAUAUUGGAUCUUCAUUCGAAGGAGCCGAUUGUUUCGUAUCGAAACCAUGUAUUCCGCGGGACAUGGUGUGAAAACAUCGGCACAGAGAUGAUUUUCACGACCCACGACGACAACGCACCCCUCCCCGCCCUUCGCCACCUCGGCCAGAAUAUUGACUUGCUCGCAGCGAGCGCCUCGAGAAUCAACUUUAAGGAGGCGACGCUCCUGCCGAGGCCAUCCGACACACUAUCGGAUAGGAUGAUGACGGGGAGCGCCGAGGACCCUGAGGACAUUCCGGAACGGUACAAGCGCAACGGCGGCAUUUACAUCCACAUUGGCGGCGACAAGACUGGAUUGCGGCAGCCUCAGGCUCAUUUCCUCGAAGAUCUCAUCGCCUUGAAACGUAAGCGCGGUGAGACGGAUGAAGUUACGAUUCAGCCGUUGGAAACACGACAGAACAAGCUCAUGGUCGAGGAUGAGGAGGAGGAGCGCCGACGGAGGAAGCUACAGCAGGGUCAUGAGCGGGCUGUCAGAUAUCGCGAUAAAAGGAGAGAGGGGAGAGACGCAGGGCCAGAAGCGGAACAAGGACUGGAAGCAAACUACGUUCCGCGCCAGGGGAGGAGUAGAAAACGGUUCCCACGAACUCGAAGACGCGCAGCGCUCAUAAGACGAGAAAGCGGCGCAAUAUCACGGUACAGUCACGGAACGACCGGGACUUCGGCCCCAACCCCGGCGCAUUGGAACAAUAUGACCGGUGCUGAGAACGGAUAG